AUGGGCAAGCCACUGUCCUCAUCCCAUAAGCCCUCUGGCCUACAAAGCUAUCCUCUAGAGAGCAUAUACAACUUUUCAAGGGGAAAAAAAAAGAAAAAGAGGGAGAGGACCACAAUGUAUCCCGUAGGAUAUCAAUGCUCUCACUGGGUGACUGAUCCGUGGAAGCAGCAACAGACGACGACAGCCUCACAGCAACAGCAGCAGGCAACUCCAGUCACAGUUUCUAGUCACUUUCUUCCUUUUGGGACCCCGACAGACUUCUUUGGAGAAAUGCACCUGUCACGGACCCAGAUUCCCCCAGCCAUCAUGGCUAAUGUGAUGCCCAUCACCGUGAAUCACCGGUACAUGAACCUUCACAAUCGUAGUCCCUCUCCCACGUGGAACAAGCAAGGGGAUUAUGACGCUCUUCACUCGGACGACUCAAGGAGUUCUGACGAAAAGGGGAAGGAUGACCUGUUGGCCAUGUCUACCAAAGAUGGAAGGAAUGUCAUUUACAAUCCUCCAGCGAUCCCCAGCUACCGCUUCACUUCUCACUUUUCACAGAGGGGCCUGAAGCGGAGUUACGACAUGCAUCACGGGGGAUGGGGAAGAUCUGGGCAUGGGGGACACCGGGGGUCAGGUCAUGUGAAGCGUAACCGCUCGUCCCCUUCUCCUCCUCUCUCCCCUCACAUAUCUCCUCACAUUUCCCAUCCAGAGCAUAUCAUCUACCCAAGGGAAGAGUUAGAUCUCUUGUCUCAAGAGAUCUGGGACAAAUUCAUGUCCAUGCGGCAGGAUGAUGAGACCCUCUUCAGGAAGCACUACCUCCGAACUCGCAUCUACACCAUCAUCAAGCAUCAUUUCCCAUACUGCCGACUGUACCUGGUGGGGUCAUCGAUGACUGGGUUUGGUAUUGGGAAUAGUGAUGUCGACAUGUGCCUCAUGAUCUCCCCAGGCGAUAUCGACCAACGCAAUGAGGCCACGCUUGUCCUCCGCAGGGUCUCCCAUGUCCUUCGCAAAUUCACAGAGUUUGUCACAAACUUGGAGCUGAUCCGAGCCAAGGUCCCGAUCCUGAAGUUUGGUGAUGCAGUCUCUGGCAUCGAGGUGGAUCUCAACUGCAACAACUCAGUGGGGAUUCGCAACACGCAUCUCUUGUAUGCGUAUGCCAACGCCGACUGGCGCGUGAAGCCACUGGUCCUCAUAGUCAAGCUCUGGGCUCAGAGGCAGAACAUCAAUGAUGCAAAGAACAUGACCAUAUCCUCUUACUCUCUCACACUCAUGGUCAUACACUAUCUUCAAGUGGUGGAGCCAGGGGUGGUGCCAUCGAUGCAGGAGAAGUUCCCGCAUACAUUCUCCCCGCAGAAGGCACUUCACUUUGUGGUACCAGGUGAGAAUGUCGAGGGCCUCCUUCAGCCAUCGCCCAAUCGCACCUCCCUCGCUGAACUCUUCCUUGGCUUCCUUCACUACUAUGCCUACGAGUUCAACUAUGCAGAGCAUGCCAUCUCGGUGAGGCUAGGGAAGGCCGUUCCCAUCUCGCUGUGCCGCUAUGCUGGCUCCCCCAAGAAUGAUCCCUUUCAGUGGAAGUGCCUCUGCAUCGAGGAGCCCUUCGACCACACCAACACGGCGAGAUCGGUGUACGACGAGAAGACGUUCGAAGGGGUCUUGAAGGUCUUUCGCUGGAGCCACGAUCAACUGAAGAAAACACAGAACCUGGGAUCCAUCCUCAGCGAACGUCCCAUGCCCGAAUGACACCCACUUCCCAUGCUGCAACUAUUUUUUUUUUCCCCUCUUUUUUCGUCUCCAUGUUGCAACAACCACGUCCGAUAAGUCGGAGCCCCUCCGAGGUCGGCCGCACUCGUGGAGUUCGAGCUUUUAGAUUUGCUCCAGCUGUGG